AGUGCACUUACAUUGAAUAUAUCAAUUGACCACUUCUUUUCAAGCAAUUUUUGAUCAUUUUUAUAUCAUCACUAACAUAACAUUAUUAACAUUUCCCUGUCUGUCACUAGAUUCCUUAACCUAUUUUUUAGAGUUUAGAGAGAGAAAGAGACACAUUUUCUGGGUUAUCUUGGCUUCUUCCCUCUUGGUUGUAUUCAAAUUCAACAGGAUGGGUAUUCAAACUUGAAAGAACAGAAUACAGUUCUUAAGAGGUAAUAAUAAUAAUAAUAAGCUGCACUUUUUUUUUUCUGCAUCUGUUUCAUUUCUCUGAUGCCACAUUUAGCAGUUUCUUCUUCACAAACACUUACAGAGUUACAGUUACAGAUUACCCUUCUGUUCAACCUUGAAAGAACAGAAUACAGUUUUUAAGAGGUAAUAAGCUGCUCUUCUUUUUUCUGCAUCUGUUUCAUUUCUCUGAUGCCACAUUUACCAGUUUCUUCUUCAUACACACUUCAACAGUUACAGUUACAGAUUACCCUUCUGUUUAAAUUUCUGUUAUCAAUCAAACACUGAAAUAAUCAAGGAUGAAUAUGAGAGAUGAACUCGAGUUUGAUGACUGUUUUCCAGUAAACUUGAGCAGUUUCUUGUUCACACAAACUUAAACAGUUACAGAUUACCCUUUUGUUAAACUUCUGUUUUCAAUCAAAUACUGAAAUCAAGGAUGAAUAUGAGAGAUGAACUCGAGUUUGAUGACUGUUUUCCAGUAAACUUGAAUCCCAACAAAUCCCUCAGCAUUAAAACUGUUACAUGCAACACUCAUUUCAGAACUUCUGCUGAUAAUCAGCAGCAGAAGUCACCUCAUGUUGAAGAAUUAGCUGCAUUGAACUCACCUUCUUUAAUCUCACCUCCAUCUUCAGCAUUCGCCUCUGCGCUUCAGUCGCCUUACAUUUCACCAAGAGCCUCAACACCAAAAUCCCCUGAAAACAAGGCUACUUCUUCUUCUUCUCCUUCCCCACUAAACUCAUACUGUGGGUCCCACUCAGAGGACAUACCCAGCAGUUCAUAUACACCUGCACCAGAAAAGUCUGAUUUCUCAGAUGAUGAAAAUCUCAAAUUUGUUGAUUCAAUCCCAGAAUCAGUUGCACCACGCAUUUCUUUCUCUUUCCCGGUCCCACGCCUUUCUUUCACUAAAGCUUCUGUUUCAACUUCUUCACUCAACUCUAAGCUAAGAAGUUGUGAUGUUUUCAUAGGCUAUCAUGGACAAAAUCCCAAUUUAAUCCGUUACUGUAAAUGGCUCAAGUCAGAGCUUGAAGUCCAAGGUAUUGCUUGCUUUCUUGCUGAUAGAGCAAGGUAUGCAGAUACACAAAGCCAUGAAAUAGCAGAUCGAGUUAUUUGUUCUGUUAGUUUUGGUAUUGUGGUGAUUUCAACUUCCAGUUUGUACAACCAUUUCAGUAUGGAAGAGGUUAGAUUCUUCACCCAAAAGAAGAACUUAAUCCCAAUGUUCUUUGACACACAACAACCAGCAAUGGAGGUUGCAGAGUGCAGGUCUGAUGUUAAACAAUGCAGAGAGGCAAUAGAGGGAAUGAUUAAGUACCAUGAAUUUAAGCUUGAAGCCAAAGAUGGUGAUUGGAGGAGUUGUAUCUCUAAAGCUACUGGUAUACUGCGUUCAAAGCUAGGACGGAAGAGUAUUAAUUCCAAAGAGAUAGAACAUGAAGUAAUUGAAUUACCUUUCCCACGAAACAAGAAGUUUGUAGGAAGAGAUAAGGAAAUUAUGGAGAUUGAAGCUGCAUUCUUUAGUAAUGGGGAGUUAUCUGGUUAUUCUGAAGGUGUUGCAGAUGAGGGAACUGCUUCAGAAACUCAGUUUGAAACUGUCAGAAGCAGAAACUCCAUUAAAAAGCUCAAAUACAAGAAAUCAAGGAGUGUAAUCUGCAUCAGUGGGUGUCCAGAUGUUGGAAAAACUGAACUUGCUCUUGAAUUUGCAUACAGAUAUUCCCAUAGAUACAAGAUGGUGCUUUGGGUUGGCGGAGAAGCUCGUUACCUCAGGCAAAACAUACUAAACCUCUCGAUAAAUCUUUGUUCAGACGUUAGUGCUGAUCCCGAGAAGGAAAGGGGGAAGAUCAGAAACUUUGAGGAACAAGAAUACGAGGCUUUUAAGAGGAUAAAGAGGGAGUUGUUUCGAGACAUGCCUUACUUGAUUAUCAUAGACCAUCUCGAGACUGAGAAUGAAUGGUGGGAGGGAAAAGACUUACUUGACCUCAUCCCAAGAACUACUGGUGGCACUCAUGUACUUUUCACUACAAGGCUAUCCAAGGUAAUGAACUUCGAUGUCAUGCAUCUUGAAACACUGCCUUUUCCCGAUGCAAUGAUGCUAAUUCGAGGUAUAAGAAGAAAUAAAGAGUAUACAGAUGAAGAGUAUGAAUGGUUGAAAAAGAUUGAGGAAAAACUAGGAAGUUCAACAUUUGGUUUGUCUGUUGUUGAUUCACUACUUACAGAGCUGGCUAUUUCACCAUCUGCUCUCUUUGAGGUAGUACAGCAGUUCUCCUUCGAAGAUGUGUCUGACUGCAGCAGUUUUUCAAGUGCAAGUGAUAAGCAACUUUGCAGGAAUAAUCCUUUCUUGAUGAAAAUUCUAGCAUUCUGUUUUUCCAUAUUGGAUAAAACAUCACAAAAGAAUGAUUUUUUAGCAUCUAAGAUGUUUCUUGUUGGUGCAUGGUUUUCCCCAUCACCUAUAUCAGCAAAUUUACUGGUUACUGCAGCUAAGCAUAUACCUGCAACAGGGAAUCGGUUAAAGAAGUGGAGUAAGUGGAGCAACUGCUUAAGACCUGAAACAAGUGAAAAUAAGGUGAAGAGAACAGAGCCUCAAUAUCUUUCAUUUUUCUGCUGCGGCUGUCCAUUAGUGACUAGAACUUGGAAGAGUGAAGAAGAAUACGCCCUUCUUCUGGUAAAACUAGGAUUGGCACGCAGAGUUAUCUGUCAGAAUCAGACAGGAUUAUGGAUACAGUUCCAUCCUAUCAGCAGAAUGUUUGCUAGAACAAGAGAAGAACAACCAGCAAUCACACAAGCAACCGUUUUUGCCAUAAUGAAAAUCGGGAAACCAUUGCUAAACUCGGAUCAUUUAUGGGCAAGUGCUUUUUUAGUUUUCGGGUUCAAAUCAGAACCCCCACUUGUUCAGCUAAAAGCAAUGGACAUGGUUCUGUUCAUCAAGAAAACAGCUAUCCCUUUAGCCAUUGCAACUUUCACGACUUUUUCGAGGUGUAAUUCUGCAUUAGAGCUUCUUAAAGUGUCUACAAGUGUACUCGAAGAUGUGGAGAAAUCAUUCGUGUCACAAAUACAAGAUUGGAGACAUGGAUCACUUUGCUGGAGUAAGAAACUGCAGCAGUCGAAUCAGAAGGUGGAUGAGUAUGCUUGGGAAGAAGUAACUAUGCUGAAAGCUACAUUGUUGGAAACAAGAGCAAAACUGUUGUUAAGAGGUGGGUAUUUUGAUAGUGCAGAGGAACUUUGUAGGACUUGUAUAAGUAUUAGGACUGUGAUGUUAGGUCAUAACCAUGCACACACAUUGGCUGCUCAAGAAACAUUGGCAAAAUUGGUCAGAUUAAGAAGCAAAAUAUGAAUGACUAAUAAUAUUGAAAGUUAUGUUUA